AUGCUUACUCUGCAGCGCUUUCUGCUAGUGUGCACCCUCCUUGUCGUCGCGCUCGCUGCUCCAGCCCCGAUAUCGCCAUCUCGAUCCGGGAUAUGGCUCUUGACUAACGCGCAGAAGCUAUCCCUAACAGCAAGGAGUCGUGAUGCGCUACACAAUGCCAGCUUGCGAAGGAAUAUAUUUAAAUCCCUCCGCAAAACAGAUCCACCCACAUCUGCUGCAGCUGUUCCGAGUCGUCACUCGCUCGAUGCCUUCCUUCAAGCGCACAAUACAUUAAGAAGGGCGCAUGCAUUCAAACCGAAGGAACAAAAGAUGUCUCGGCCCAACGUUGCGGCACUUGCUGGCUGGUUUACCGAUCAUCAAAGCAUCCAAUCCAAGAUUGCCUCGCAAACCAAAUUUCCUGCCUUGAACAUGGCAUCUAUCCCUCAUUCAAAUUUGCAGAACACUCGUACGCUGAAAACCAAGAUGGGACGACAAUCCGGGAGAAAAGCAGCUCCACUGGGAACAUCAAAAGACUUGGCAGGACUUUUUCGCACAUCUUUGCCGAUCGCAAAUCGCAUGGGGCUGACUGGUGACACUUGCACGAGCACGUCCGAGUGUGCAGAAGGAAGAAUCUGUGUAGACAUAGCCAACCAAGACACGUGCUCUUCCGGCGAGAGAUGUCUAUGUGUACCUACGGACGGACUUGAGUCAUGCACGUCCAGCAACGAUUGUUCGACAGCUGGAGAAGUGUGCGUGCAGGGAAAUGAGAGCACGCUGUGUUUCUCUGAAGAAACUGCAAAUGCUGAAGAUAUGCCGAUCGAGACGUCCACGACUGGCGGCACAGGUUCCGGUGGCGGAGGUGAGGAGAUGCCUACGGCUGGCGACGGAGAUUCGGAAAGCGAGGGUUCCAUCACGAACCCGGAUGGACUCAAUGUCCCAUCAGGCGGUAAUGACGACGACGAUGAUCUGUGUAUAGACGCUCGAGCCCUCGGGCAUCUUUCUAGAAAUGGACUUGUGUUCGAGAAGCAUGCCGUCUCGCGGGUUCUAUGUGAUGAGAACGACAGUUGUGCCACACGCGGUGACAUGGUCGUGUUCCGCGGGCACGCGAUGAGAAUGAGCACGUACUGCGAAUCGGUUGGGUGCAAAGAGGCGGUGAUGGAGGUGAACAGUCCUCGCUUCAAUCGUGGGAUGCGCAUUAAGUCUAACACGAAGGGGCUGGAGUAUACAGCGUUUGCUGCACCGUACGAAACGCAGGCUGAAGAAAGUUUGAUUAGGAUGGCUGUACGUUUUGGGCUGUGA